AUGUAUGACCCCGCAUUCAAUAUCAAAAGUGGCAACCUUUGUCUUUCUCACCUAUUGUGGAACAACUUGGAGCAUUGCCAGUUUCUUGCGAAGCUGGAAAAUACUCUGGGGGUCCCUAAUGGCCGUCCUUACAAGGACAAUACUAGACCGCUGGAGAAUGCUAAGGAGAAGCUCCACCAUGCCUAUCAAGUCAACCAGCGCGGAGAAUAUUGUGAGGGAAUAUACCUGAUCUCUCUGAAGACGACAACAACCAGUCUAUCUGCUUCUACGGGCCUCAAGAAUGCUGGCUACAAUAAUCAACAAUGUAGAACGGAAGAAGACGCGGUGAUGAUCGGCUGUAUCAGCUUAACCGAUUGGAAUCGUUGGAUUCCAACUCACUCCAUGGAAUUAUUCGUCUCCAUUUUACCCGAAUACCAAGGCCAGGAGAGAGGCUUAGAAGCAACUCGUGCAUUGUUACAGUUUGCCAAACAAAAGUACGGAGUCACGGAAAUUUGGGCAUUUAUUCAUUUCGUUGGCUGUAUUGGGGCACCUCGAAGUUUCAUGGACAAAAUUGGUCUACAAGAUAAGGGUUGGGCCAGGCGGUACGGCUUACCUGGGGUUAUUUAUGCAACAAGUAAGAUGAACAAGGAGGCAAUUAUGGCAGAAGGCUCUCCUAUCCAAUAUGAUGAAAAUCUAAUGGACUUAAGUGCAUAA